AUGAAAAGCAGCUCUCUCCAAAGUAAACAUACUCAAGUCAAACCUCACAACAAAAAGCUUCCAGCUAUAUCAGGUCGAUUGCCACCCAUUGAAAGGGCCACAAGGGGUACACUCACGAUCGCAGGUCCAUCCAGCUCGAGGGCCUUAGUCUGCCUUUCCAAGGCAGAUGAAAUUCAGACCAUUCCCCCGCUAAUCGCUUCGUUUCAGGUGAAGGAUGGAGACUACGGCGUCGGCAACAAAGUGAGCCUUUGGCCGUAUCGUGGGAACCGCAGCCUUGCGAGGCAAGCGGUCCAGGAUUGCCCUCGAAGUAGCUCAAAGGCCCCUUUAGCCUUGCAACUUGAGGCUUUUAUUCGAAAAGAACACCGCCAGUAUUUGCUAGAUCACCCCGAUUGUAGCCGCCUCAACACACUGCACAUUUUUAGAGAGGGUCUGUCUGUCUUUGUUGAGCACUUUAGGGAGUAUAAGCCUGUUCUUAGCCUAAUUCGCGAUGAGUACGACCUCACCAUCAAAGAGGUGACCGAGCAGAUGACUCAAAUGGGAAUUGAAAACUUGGAAAGCAAAAGCGAUCGCAGCGUUCACGCAAUGGAACUGAUGCAUCUAAAGGAAAGCCUGAAUGCAAUAAUUCGGAACCAGGAAGCACAGCUGCGUGCGACGCAAGGCAUGGUGCACACUCUACGAGAACAACUAUCGGCGGCCGAGAGAAGCGAUGCGGAGCUCAGGCUGGAAAUGGAGCAGAAGCUAAAGGGAUUUGAGGAGGCCCAGAGCACCAUUGCGAUGUUAUCCAAGGCAAUGAUUGAGGAAAGCUCUCGCACUGCAGAAGCGAUGAAGGCUUCGAUGAAGAAAGAUAGCGAAAUAGAGCUGCUGAAGUCCCGCAUCAAAGUUCUCGUUGAGGAGUGCAAUGAGCUUAAGGAUUAUUUGCGCAACCAGACCAGAGCACGCAUGGAAAUGGGCGGAUCGCUCGCCCGAUCACACGAUAUCUCCCCCGCAGGAAACGCCAUGGCGUUAAGCGCAGGAAGCAUCCCCGUUAUGACAGAACCUAAUUACUCAGCUGAAUAUGUCCAUCGCUUGCUCACGCGUAUUGAUACGCUGGAAAGCGAAAUAGCGAUGCUGCGUAACAAUAGAAGCAGCAGCAACUUCAUUAGCAAAUCCGAUGGAAAUGCGUUAGUUACAGAGGCUGUUAACUCUUUCGUGCGUCCGUCAGCCACCAAUGUGCCAUCUCAGGCUUGUCGAUUAGAGAACGCAGACUUCCCUAUAAUACGAGAGUGGCUUCGAUUAGAAGGGGUCGGAGAGGCGGAGCUGGAGUCUUCCGACACCCUACUUCCUCCAGGACUCUGUCAGUCUGAGGAGCUCGCCUUUCUCAAGGCAUGCGUGCCGGUAAAGAAUAAACACCUACGACAGGAUGUUAUCUUGAAAUUGAUCGACGAUAUAUGGGAAGCUCGUGAACGUCAGAUGAGCUUUUCGAGCUUCCGAAAUUUCCUUCUUGAGUGGCUCACAUCAAAGAGUGGAAGCCUAGUGGGAAUGCGGGAGCUGGGCAUUAAUCUUUUACAGGGUUGUCAGCGGAAUUCUCACCACCCAGACUGCCGUGUUUUACUGCAGGUUCUACGAGGCUUCUUGCCGGAGGAGCUUGUUCGUUCCUGUCGUCAGCUGCUUCGUUCGUUGCUUAGCACAUGUGAAAUUUCUACAGAGUCACUAAAUGGAGAGAUCUCUAUUAGCGCACUGAGUGAUGUAAUUCGAAGCUUAUGGCCAGAAAAGUAUCACUCCCACAUGCUUCAACUUUGCUUUUAUGCAUACCGACACUCUAGCCAACCUGGUAAGGUUAGUAUUAAUGAGUUGCUUGGCUCGAAUUCGUAUUUUAUCACGUUGCUGAAGCAUCAAUACUUUCGUGAGGUGGAGGAAUUUACUCUGUGUGUCGUAGAGAAAGUGCGGGCGGCUUCCGAAGGCGGCAGUGGAAUGAUUCCGGUUUCUAGUGUGAUACAAAUAAUCACGAAAUUAGAUGAUGGGCUGACUGGUGAAGUUAUUUCUGGGCUUUUGUCAGAUGCUUUUCAACAAACGAUUAUGGACGUCCGCUCGUCUGACGUUUCUCUUCGUGUAGAUGAUCUCCUUCAGCGCCUUCGAGGAAACAUUCUUCUUCGUCGUGCAACACCGCCUGACUGA